AUGGCCGCGUUCCAUUCAUUAUCGUCCGGCGCGACGCCUGGCGAUGGCAUGACUAUCAACAGCACCGUUGUGGACGGCCUGGACUCGUCCAUCUUCGACGAGUCUAUCCUGGAAACGAUGAACGGCCCCUUUCCCACAAUACCCUUCACUCCGAGCUACGAUUUCCAAGACCUGUCCACCACGGGCUUCGAGGACCCGUUCGCAUACUCGAACCGACCCUUCGAGGCGCAGCCCGCGCCCGAGUUCAGCCAGGACUCACCCGCGCAGGAGCUCGACAACAAGCUGCUGGGCUUCUCGGCGCCCACGCUGAAGGCGACCCUCGUCGACGGGAACGGCCAGCCCGUGGAACUCGGGAUCACGGCGGAGCUGUACGGCAUGUUCUUCGUCGCGGAGGACGUCUUUGGCGUGGAGAACAGCGGCCGUCCCCUCGAGCUGACGUGCUACCGGCGGAACCUGUGGCAGUGCUCUGGACAGGUGACGGUGCCGAGACACAUCACGCAUGUGCUGGAUGAGCAGGGGCGGCACAUACCCAUCUUCGAGCUUGCGGCUUCCAUCAUAGCGAUCGAGUCCAUCGAGGGCAAGGUGACGGAGAUCAUAUCGAUACCCUGGAAGAGCGCGCACCCGAUCGGCGCCGAGGAACCCAAGUCGUCUGGUGGGCCGCCGAAUAUUGUCCUCGAUUUGGCCAAUGGGCAAGAGAUGGACGCCAAUACGGUCUCGUUGCCGCUGUCGUGGAAGAGGCUGCAGUUCAAACAUGCGACGGCGAACAACGGCAGGAGGAAAGGUCUCCAGCAGCACUAUCUGGUGCAGAUAAGCCUGCUCGGAAAGCAGCAGUCUGGAGAAUACAUCAAGAUUGCCGAAAUACACUCGAGUCCCGUCAUUGUUAGGGGGCGAAGCCCAAGGAAUUUCGACAGUCGGAAGGACAUCCCUUUGACGGGGGACAAGAAGCUCGAGAGGAGGAGCAACAGUGACGCUUCAUCAUCUGUUCCUCCCAGAGACAACGGCAUACAGACGCCAGCACCAAAAUAUCAGCCACUAAACAACAUUCAGCAACCCGCAGACUGGGGCACGCCUCAGCUGUACCGAGAAAACAGCAACAGCCAGCCUCCCGCAAAGAAACUAGCCCUCUCACCGGGAAUAUCUCGACCACCAAUACCAGCGUGGUCUUCGGAACCAGCGAGACAAGCAGCAAGGCCCUCGAUGUCCAGUUCGCGACCGGGCAUAUCCGGGCCCAUCAACCUGUCCCUGUCCGAAGACGAGAGGAGUCCAAACAGGUCCAACUCGGAUGUGCAGAGCCCGCAAUUUACCAAGUCCAUGGCAGCUGUAGUCCACAACUCAAGUCAGAGCCCCAAAGAAGAGGACGACCUGCUGUACGAGUACUUCCCGCUCAGCGUGGACGACUGGAUGCCGCCCGUCGAAGCUAUCUACCGGCCACACGUCGUCCACCACACGAUUGUGCCGCCCGAGAUCAAGGCGCAACAACUACGCAGCAAAAGCAAGCGCAUGUUCACGGCGGAGUCGUGA